CGCUACUAAGCUAUCAUUAAGCGCUGUCAAAACAGUUUAAUGGACAAAAUAAAACUUUGAAAAAAAAAACCCUUUGAGAAGGCCGAAACAGUUCAAAAUCCGGGCCGGGAUCAACCCCAGGCCCGGCAUGUUGAUAGCCCUAGGCAUCACUUACAGUGCGACGAGAACACCGUUCCGAUUAAGCGUCUCACGAGAAAUAGAAAGGUGUGUUCGUUCUCCACGCAAAACGAUUCUCUCACGGACAGCGGUCCCGUCCGUCGCGUAAGAGUAAAGCCAUCUCUCUCUCUCUCUCUCUCUCUCUCUCACAUUCAAGUACCCCACCUGAGGACGGUCUUUCUCUCAUUCCAGUACCCCACCUGAGGGCGGUGACUGUCUUGCACAAAAGAACGGUUGAGAGGAGGGGGGUGCGAUGGCGGACCCCUCGGCGCACGUUAGCAGAUGGCGCGACCUCGACAAGCUCCUCCUCCGCCCGGGCAAUCUCGUCGGGCCCAACUUCGAACCAGGACCCGAGUUGAGAGAUGAUCUUCGAGCGUAUGUGAGGGUUUUGGUGGUCGGAGCGGGCGGUUUGGGCUGCGAAUUGCUGAAGGACCUGGCCUUGUCGGGUUUCCGUAAUCUUGAAGUGAUCGACAUGGACACAAUCGAGGUCUCCAAUCUCAACCGCCAGUUCCUCUUCAGGCUUCAGGAUGUUGGAAAACCAAAGGCUGAGGUAGCUGCAACAUGUGUAAUGGAAAGAGUCAGUGGAGUGAACAUUGUACCUCAUUUUUGCCGGAUUGAAGAUAAAGAUCUUGAGUUUUAUAGCGAUUUCAAUAUUAUUGCUCUUGGUCUUGAUUCUAUUGAAGCUCGAAGCUACAUUAAUGCGGUAGCUUGUAGCUUUUUAGAGUAUGAUUCUGAGGACAACCCAUGUGAAGAAACAAUCAAACCCAUGGUGGAUGGUGGAACUGAAGGUUUCAAGGGUCAUGCCAGGGUUAUUCUUCCAGGAGUUACGCCAUGUUUUGAGUGUACCAUCUGGCUUUUCCCCCCUCAAGUGAAGUUCCCUUUAUGCACUCUUGCAGAGACCCCCAGAACUCCUGCCCAUUGUAUUGAAUAUGCCCAUUUAAUUAAAUGGAAUGAGGCACAUGUUGGAAAAUCUUUUGAUGCAGAUGAUCCAGAACAUAUGCAGUGGGUCUACUCAGAGGCUGUCAAAAGAGCUGAGCUUUUCGGCAUUACUGGAGUUACCUAUUCCCUGACCCAGGGUGUUGUGAAGAAUAUAAUUCCAGCUAUUGCUUCUACAAAUGCAAUUAUAUCAGCUGCAUGUGCACUGGAAGCCCUGAAGAUAGCAACAGGAUGCAGCAAAACAUUAUCCAAUUAUCUGACGUAUAAUGGUCUGGAAGGACUUCAUACGAAAGUGACUGAGUUUGUCAAGGACAAGGAUUGCCUUGUCUGUGGUCCUGGCAUUCUUAUUGAGCUGGACGCGUCAAUUUCUUUACAGAAGUUCAUUGAACUCAUUGGAGAACACCCGAGGCUGCUCCUAUCAAAGCCGAGCAUCACACACCACGGAAAGAAUCUAUACAUGCAGGCACCCCCUGUACUGGAAGAGAUGACACGUUCGAAUCUACAGCUUCCUCUUUUUGAGCUCAUGGGUAAACUCCCGAAAGAUAUCAUCCAUGCCACAGGCAUGACCUGUGUGAAUGGCAAGAAGAUGUCAUGCCUUAGGAAAUUGCGGGUCAUGUUCAAGGGGAUCGUUGAUGGGGUUGCAGACAUGGACACGGCUGGUGGGGCAUGAUUUUUUUUCUGCUCCAUGCCUUUGAAUUUUACUUUGUGAAAAUGUAUUCUGAAAACACCGAGGGAGUGAAAGAGGCACUUGGCGAGUAGGGCUUUUGGGUCCUAUCAUUCUGUUGGGUUUGAUUUGUCAAGAUAUGUCGAAAGAUGUCAGUAAUAGGGCACAUUUUGAUGCAUUUGGCAAUGGAGGAAAUGUGUAGAUGAAGUUGGGAAGUGAGGAUGUCUUUUCCCAAUUGCUACUUUCAAAGUGUCUUGCUUCUUUCAUUUGUUAAGGAGAUAUAAAAAUACAAGAAUACGGAGUUUGCGUUUA